AUGGGGCCCCUCAGCAGGCGGCAGCACGGGUGUAGUGGUGGGGCCCCAGCCCCUCCGUCUCCCCUCACCCCCAUCAAGAAACCCCAGGGGGGGGGCCCCCCGAGGGUUGCUCUGGGUACCCGCCACGGCCUUGCUGUAGUACAAAGGGGGCCCCAAGGGGGCCCCCACCACGGGGCCCCCACCAGGGGCCCCCUAGGGGCCCCCAUGGCUACGAGGGGGGCCCUCGAGGCUGAGGGGCAAGACAGCAAGGAGACCCUCCUCUAUGUGUGGGGCCCCGACCCCCUGUGGGGUGGUACUGCAGCAGCAGCAGCAGCAGCAGCAACAGCAACAACAGCAACAGCAGCAGGGGGAGCAGCAGCAGUCUGCAGCAAGGGGGCCCCCUCGUCUUCUUUUGGGGGCCCCCUGCUGAUGUGCUACGAUUAUGAGGGGCCCCCUAACAAGGGGGACUCAUGGGGGCCCCUCAAGACCCAGCUAGAGACCCUAUCAAGGCCCCCUAGGGGGCCCCUGCGGCUGUGUGUAAAUGCUGUUGCUGCUGGAGACAGACACGCUCUGCUGCUUCUUACCCCCCCUGGGGGGCCCCCACGGUCUGGGUCUACGCUUGCAUUCGGAGCGAACGAGAGGGGGCAGUGCGGGCUGUCUCCUUCUGUCUCCUUUGUCUCUUCUCCCCAUCUCCUUUCUCUCCCUUUCGUGCUGCAGCUAGCAGCAGGCGGUGCUGCUUCUGCUGCUUUCUCGGGGGCCCCCCAACGUAAGUCUAGCAGCAGCACGGACACGCGGCAGCAGCAGCGGCAGCAGCAGAUCCAGCAGCAGAAGGGACAAGCAGACGUUUUGGCUGUUCCUCUUGCUGCUGCUGCUGCAGCAGCAGCAGAAGCUGCUGCUGCUGCUGCUGCUGCUGCAGAGCCAGUAUUUGUGUGGGGCGCCUGCCCCACAGCCGCACCAACUCCUGCUUCCGCUCCCACUCAGCAGCAGCAGCAGCAGCAGCAGCAACAGCAGCAGCAGCAGCAGCAGCAACAGCGACGGAGACAAGAACAGCCCACUCAGCCCUCCACCAGCCGAAGCAGCAUAAGCAGCAAGACAAGCAGCAGCAGCAGCAGCAGCAGCAGCAGCAGCAACAGUAGUAGUAACAGCAGCAGCAGCAGCAGCAGCAGCAACAAAAACUGGGAUUUAUUCUACAAGCCUCUCCCUGUGCGUUUCAUGAGGGUUCAUUCAUCUUCAUCAGGUCUCAUUGGGGGCCCCCCGGGGGCCCCCCCCCUGGGGGGCCCCCCGGGGGCCCCGGGGGCCCCCGGGGCCCCCGGCGAAUGGCAGCAGCAACCAAUGGGCCAUGGGGCCCCCUCGCUGCGGUGUAUCUCCGUCAACGACUUUGCGGGUGCAGCUCUUACAAGCCAAGGACAGUCAGUACCCUCAAAACAUAAGAGGGGGGCCCCCUGGGGGGGGCCCCCAGGUGGGGGCCCCCUGGGCGGGGCCCCCAGGUUUGUUAACAUCUCCUUUGGGGGCCCCUUUCAGCUGCUGGGGUUGACGGAGGAGGGUCUUUUGUAUUCUAUACCCCUGAAACCAGAAGCAGGUUCGGCAGCAGCAGCAGCAGCUCCUGCUGCUGCUGCUGCUGCUGCUGCUGCUGUAGUUGCUGUGGGCACACCGCAGCUGCUGCCGCUGGGAGGUGUUGCAGCAGCAGCAAGCAGCAGCUGCCACGGUGCUGCUGCUGUCUCCUUUGCCCUGCCGCAGUUCCCCCUCAGCUUCCCGCUCAUUGAUUGCAAGCAGCAGCAGCAGCAGCAGCAGCAGCAAGAGCAACAGCAACAUCAGCAGGAACAACAGCAGCAGCAACAGCAGCAAGAGCAAGAGCAGCAGCAGCAGCAGCAACAACAACAACAGCAACAGCAGCAAGAGCAACAGCAAGAGCAACAGCAGCAGCAACAACAGCAACAGCAGCAGCAACAACUACAGCAGCAGCAGCAGCAGCAGCAGCAGCAGCAGGAAAACUCGUUUCCUUCUCUGCUCCAUCAGCAGCAGCAGCAGCAGCAGCAGCAGCACCAUACCCAUCACCAGCUGCUGCUGCACCGGGCUACUGCAGCAGGCAUGCAGCUGCUGCUGGCGCAGCUAGCUGAGGGGGGGGCCCUCAGCAGGGCCCCCCGUACUCUUGAGGCCCUUCAGGGGGCCCCUGGGGGGCCCCCCGAGUGGGGGGCCCCCGAGGAGUUCUUAUAUGAUAUCGAGGGGCCCCCUGAAUGUGUGUGGGGCCCUGGGGGCCCCCACGAGUACCCAGCUGAGCCGGGGGGCCCCCCAAGCAGGGGGCCCCUCCCUGCAGUGUUCAGCCUCAUCUAUAUAAACCCGGGGGCCCUGUUUAGAUGCAUCAGGGGGCCCCCUAGAGACAGCUGGUUGUCUGCGUUUGCUGCUGAGGGGGGCCCCCUCACCCGUGCAGACGUACACACAGAAAAGGGUACAGAAGCACAGAGCGGCGGGGGGCCCUUGAAGGAGCAGCAGCAGCAACUGCAGCAGCAGCAGCAACAACAGCAACAACAGCAGCAGCAGCAGCAGCAACCCAACAGGGACCGCAAACAACAGAAACGGCAGAACCAGCAGGAGAAGCAAAAGCAACGGGGAGAGCAGCAGCAGCAGCAACAGCAGCAGCAGCAACAGCAGCAGCAGCAACAGCAGCAGCAGCAACAGCAGCAGCAGCAACAACAGCAGCAGCAACAGCAACUACUCGGUGCAUCUCCAUCUACCCCUUCCGCCGUAUUUGGGCAGCAGCAGCAGCAACGGCGGCAGCAGCAGCAGCAGCAGCGGCAGCAGCAGCGUCACCCAUCUCCAUACAGCAACGAGCAACAGCAGCAGCAGCAGCAGCAGCAGCAGCAGCAGCAGCAGCAGCAAACGACAGAUGAGUGGCAGCAAGCGCGGGGCUCCAGGGCACCUCGUGCCUCUGGGGGCCCCCCCCCCGAUACCAGCAGCUCAGCAGCAAACCCUCAGCUGGGGGCCCCCCGUGCUGCUGCUUCAACCCCACGACUACCCAAGUCGCUGGGGGCCCCCCUAACCCCACCCCCCUUGGGGGCCCCCUCCCGGGGGCCCCCUGCAUCAGCAGCAACCCCAAGUGCGUCCCCCCAGCUGCUUGCUGCAGCAGGAGCAGCAGCGCCGUACGGGGGAAGGGCCCAAGGGGCCCCAGCUGCAACAGCAGCAGCAACAGCAGCACCAGCAACUGCAGCAGCACCAGCAGCAGCAGCAGCAGCGAGGAGCGGGGCCCCCUAUCAAAUAUCGUUAGAAACCCUCGUGCGGGUCAGGCCGAGCAGAAGGGCACUGAGGCUGCAUGAGCUGCAGCUAGAAGGGGGCCCCGCUGGGCAGCAGCAGCAGCAGCAGCAGCAGCAGCAGCAGCAGGAAUCCUUGUCUGGGGGGGCCAAUGCUAAGGGGGCCCCCAACUCCCGAGGAGAGAGGAGGGUAUGGGGGGCCCCCAAGGCAAGUGUGGGGGGCCCCCCAGCUAGAAGUAUUCGACAGGUGAUGGAGGAGGAGCUGCAGCAGCGGCAGCAGCAGCAGCAGCAGCAAGAGCAGCAGCUGCUGCAGCAUGCUCGUGCGCGUGCUGCUGAGGCUCCUCUUUCUACAGUUCGUAUGGGGGCCCCCCUGAAGGCUCGUGGGGGCCCCCAGCAUGACCCUAGCUGCAACUGUUGGGGCCCCGCAGCAGCAGCAAGGGUACAGGGUACUGCAGCAAGGGGCCCCUCUCUCGCCGAGAUAGAGGAAGAAGAGAAAGAAACAGCACUAGCAAUCCUACUGGCUGAGGAGGCAAUAUAUUACGAGCAGUUAAUGCAGCAGUGGGGCCCCCAACAGCAAGAGCAUCUGCCGCCACAGCAACAACAGAAGAGUAUCUAG